GUUGGCAACAUUUAGUGUGUGAGUGAACGCAAAAAAAAGCUUGCCGAUAUUUCAUCCAUCUCCCUCGUAAAUUUUGGACAUAGGCUGAUUGACAACAAAAGGCACUAUUUUGAGGAUCAUUGUUGUUUUAAAUGUUUCCUUGUAAAUAAGUGUUGUGAAACGAGCGCCUGUAUUCGUGAUUUACACCGUGGAUGAAAAAAUAUGAAGCGGCGAAAUGCCGAAACUGGGAAGUUGCGGCGCCCCUUGAAGCGCACAAAAAUCACCGAAGGAAUGUACGGAAAUUCAAUGCUGUACCUGAAGUUUGUGAUGAUUUGGGCGACAGUUGUGAUGGCCGACUACAUGCUGGAGUUCAGAUUUGAGUUCCUCUGGCCUUUCUGGAUGAUGCUGAGAUCAGUCUACGAUUCAUUCAAAUAUCAAGGACUUGCAUUCUCAGUUUUCUUCAUCUGCAUAGCCCUGACAUCAGAUAUGAUAUGUUUCUUCUUCAUACCUAUACAGUACAUAUUCUUUGCUGCCAGUACCUAUGUGUGGGUACAAUAUGUCUGGUAUACAUUCGCAGACAAAGGCAUCUGCGUGCCAACAGUAGCGAUCUGCUGCCUGCUGGUGUACGUGGAGACGUGGUGGCGGGGCUCGCGCGGCGGCUCGCUGUGCCGGCCGCUGGCGGCGCACUGCGUGGGCUACCCGGCGGUGACGCUGGGGCUGGGCGCCAAGGCUCUGCUCGCGCACCGCCUGCGCGUGCGGCGCCAGCGCCACGUGCGCGCCAUGAACGAGUUCUACUUCCAGCUCAUGCGGGAUGCGCUGCCCGAGUCCGCGCUAGACCAGACGCAGGCUCACCAGCAAGCACAAACGCAAUCAGUGUCCAAAGAGGCCGGCGCCGGCGCCGACUGCGCCUCACACACACAGGCGCAGGAGCCGCGCUACAUGAACGGCUCCCUGCGCCGCUGUCGCUUCAAGACGGACGGCCACAACGGACACUGUCCGCAGGACCAUUCGCAGAUACAGAAUAAGUUAGAAAAAUUAGAAAAGCAUUUAGCGCAGCAGAAUUCGAGCCGCGACAAGUCGUCGACGCAGGCGUCGAACGCAACGUCACACGGGUCGAGUGGCUCAAAUGGCUCAGGUGGCUCGAGUGGCUCGGCCGGCUCGCAUGCGCUCAGCAACGGCAGCGCCUGCCAUGCACACACUGACGACGACGAUCGACACGACCACAGUAAAGGUGGUACAAAGUCUUCGAAGUCGGAUAAGAAAGAGGCUAGUACGAUAAAAGAAGAAAAGAGAAAGAAUAAAAACAGAGAUAAGGAUAAGGACAGCAGUGAUAGUCAUAAGAGUACAGAACAUACAAAAGAACAAAUAGUUAAAGAUAAAGAAGUAGAGAGUACAAAAGAUUGUGUAAAAAUUAAGGAAAGCAGUAAAGAGGUUAAGGAGAAAGAGAAGGAACGAGAAAGGGAGAGGGAACGAGAAAGAGAAACGAGAGAACGCGACAAAGAACGCGAGAGAGAGCGGGAACGUGAACAGCGUGAAGCUCGCGAGUGCUUAGAAGAGCUAAAGAAGGUGCGGUCGGAGCUCGCCGCGGCACGUGCGUCCGAGGCGGAGGCUCGCCGCGCACUGGCGGCCGCCGCCGCCGCCGAGCGACAGCGCCGCGCCGACCACGCGCAGCUCAAGCAGGCCCAUGCGGCGCUGCAGCACAAGGUGACAGCGUGGCGUACGGGCGAGCGGGCGGCGCUAGAGCGGCGGCUCGGCGAGGAGCGACGAGCGCGGACCGCAGCGGAGUCGCUACUAUUACGCGCCAGGCACGCUGCCCGACCGCCCAGCGGUGAGUGCGAGAGCGAGUCGUGUCGCGCUCGUCGUGCGGGCGCGGAGAGCGAGGCGGCCGCGCUGCGCCGCGACCUGCAGCGCGCGCGGGACCGCGCUCUGCAGCUGCAGCGGGACCUCACGCAUGCCACUGAGCAGGUGCGGACACUAGAAGGCCGGCAAGCGGGCGCCAAGCCGUUCGAGAGCACGGCGUCGCGGCUGCAGCACCUGGAGCACUCGCUGUCGGCCGAGACGCGCGUCAAGCUCGACCUGCUGUCCGCGCUCGGCGAGGCCAAGCGCCGCCUGCACAUACAGGACGACUUAAUAUCGAGACAAGACAAAGAAAUAGAGGAACUUAAAGCUCAAAUGCUGGCAGUGAUGCCUACAGAGUUCGUAGCGCCGUCGAGUAACUCGGUGUCCAAGCUGCGGCUGUCGGACGGCUCGCCGCUGGACCCCAACGCGUCCGUCUACACGCCCAAGCAGCUCGCCCAGUGCUCCGACGCCUAACGGGACCUACGCGACCACGCAAGUAUUGUCUAACUUACUUCAGUAACACAAAUCAGUGAAAAUGUUCCAAGUGACUGUGACUUUCUAACUUAAACUUUAAAAAGAGUGGCGAUAUUUUUCCGAAAAAACUGUGGCAUCCAGUGGUUUGUGAGAUUUUUCAGAAGAAUUUUCUACCAUUCUACCAUGUCACUGCUGUGAAGUGUUGCCAGAUGCAAGAUAAAUGACUGUUAAUGUUGUAAUAGGGGACACGAUUCACGAAAAUACAGUUGUUUUGAACUGAAAUAAUUUAGACGAUACAAUGAUCUGAUGAUGGAAAUAAGGAGUAUGUAAGACCUUACGCGUUCUUCCGUAGGUUUCAUAAAACCGAGCUUUGACCCCCACCCAAGCCGUACUGGUCUUUGUAUGGGCGUUUUCUGAUCUCAAUUUGUUUUUUUUUUGUUUUCUAAUUGAUAAUGCAAGCUGACAAGAUGUUUUCGUUAAUUUAUUGUGUUAGUUAAAUUCUUAAAAGUGUUUUUUUUGUAAGUCGAAAGUGGGCGGGGCGCUUGACUGCCAUUUUUGUUAAGGGUGAUUUUGGAAAAUUUCCUGCGUAUCAGACUGAUAAAUUACAGUGUAUUUUUUUAGUGAUUACUUUUUGGUAACAAUGUCAACUGUUUAUUUUUAUUCUCGAGUUGAAAUCAGUCUUAACUUUAGUCAAGUGUGAUCGCCCGCAAAUGUCCAUACAAAUAUCGGUAAAAAAAUAAUCUGGAUAUACAUAAAAUAAAUAAAGAAAUAAACAAGUGUGUUAGUUUUGUAACAGUGUACGUACAUAAAGUCAAGACAGAGCGUUUAUUUUUUCAUAUAUUGAAAUAUUUGAAUUUCGCACAUUUGGUGUAACAUUCUCUUGGUCUGAAAUUACCUGGUGUUUACAAUUCUUGUGAAUUGUCACUUAACAUGACUAGACGUUCGCUUUAUUGUGCGCACAAUUACGGCCAUGUUUUAGCCUGUAAACGCGUUCAAAACGGCGAAUAUUCUUCUUUCAAACUUUGUGACUGUACGACGUUUCAUUGAACAAUAGCUCUUAGAUCAAAUGAAAUAAGACGCAUUUUCGAUAGAACGACGGUCAUAGCAUUUUCCGGCAUUUCUUCAAAAACCAAGGCCGUACAUUGAUCUCUUCAAGCAUAAUCUGUGUAGAUACGACAGUCCUCCGUGUGAUUCGCUGCUGCAGUGUAAUAAAAGCGUGUUCUUUUUGAAUUUUAUGUGAUAAAUUGUACAAAUUAAGAUCUGAGAUCGAGUCUUCUUCCUUGUAUAUUAAAUUUGUAGUUUUAUUCGACGUUUUUAGUCCAAAUUUGUCUGUAUUUACGUGUGGCGCCGCCUGGCGGUAUGUUCGGGAACUAUCGGCGUGGCGCUUACAUUUUCUUGUUGAACAUUUGAGAGCUGACGAUGGCUUGACGUUUGACAGCAUUUUGACAGAUGGAACCAUGACAGUUGUUACGUGACAUGUUCCGGUUCGAUAGUACUGCUCCGUUAUGUUCGAAUUUUGCGGAUGUUUGUGGUUGGCAUACUUAAAAUAAACGUACUUAAAUUAUUUUUGGGCUAAUCUUCCCUAACAAUAUAAAUUAAGCUUCCAAUUAUAACCCGAAAACUUAACCAUGUCCAGUAUUGAAGAAAUAGCAACAAACAUCCAUGGAAUUCCUUUUUUUAGAUCCACCACACACUGCAGACUAAACUGUCGGCCAAUAGUUGGUAAAUUCUGAAGGAAAACGUGAACCCAAACAAAUUUUUCAGUCAGUCUGAUACCGGCCUUAUACCUGACAGUUGUAAUGUGCACACUAAAAUUAAUUUCCAUACUGAAUUCUGAUCCCAAAAAAACUAUCGGCCUCCUAAAAGUUUGCAGUGUGCGGAUGCUCUUAUACAUACUUUGUAUGUAUAUGCAAUCAAUCAUCCUAAAUAUUGUAAUACCCAACUUUUACUUAUAUUUGCACAAUUAAUUCAUUUCAGGCAUUUAAAAAAUAUCUGUGGGUCGUUCAUUUCUGUUUGUGCCUCAUUUUCUUUGUAUUUUUUUAUUUAUCAAGUAAAUGAUCAAUGAAUUUACUUGACCACUUUUUUUUAUCGACGUAAAAUCAUCAAAUGACCCCUCCCGCUGUGGGUUAGCAGCGGUGAGGGAGUGUCAGACUCUUACUGACUAAAAUCGUCGUGUUCCGUCAUAGGCCUUUUAUGUACCAGGGCCGCGGUAUCUCUUUCGAACAACCCGCAGAUUUACUUGACCACUGAACCCUACAAAUUAAGUUUGACAAAUCUUUAAAUAUCCUAUUAGAUAACAAAAUAUGUCAGUUUGAUUGAUCCACAGGCAUUUGCUUUCAAACUGGCGGAUUUUCCAAUCGGUUUUCCCGUUACGACAAAACAAUUGAAAGUCAUCGACCGAUGACGCGCCAAUACGAGUGAACGCUUGAAAGAUUUAUAAGGCAAAAUCCGCUAGUAUGAAAAAGCUCAUACAGUUUCUAACAGUAGCAUUUAUUUACCUACUUGUCAAUCGAUAUCUGUGUCCAAAAUUACUAAACUAGUGUUCUAAAUAAAAUGUUUUUCCUACCAUAAAAGGUGCGGGCACCAAAGUCCAAGUAGUAGUUUUGGCAAUUGGUCGCGAUAAAUAUUUUUUUUGGAAUACUCUUUUGUAGUUUUUGCAUCGAUAUCGUAUGUGCUAAUAAUUGUAUGCUUUUGGAGGGAAAUAGCUCAUUGACCUUUACAAAUUAUUUGAAUAAUAUGAUGCUGUUAGCGGUCAAUAAUAUUUUAGUGUAGUGGUAGUUUUCUUUAAAUGAGGAAAUGCUAGAUUUUUUCUCUCUUUGCGUCUUUUUUUUCAUAUUAAUUUUAUUCUGAUUAACUCCCGAAUUAAUUUACCUUCACAACAAUAUAUGGAUCACUUUAAGCAAAGGCCUCGCUAUGUAUUUUAAAGAAUGGCAACAAAAAUAUCUGAAUAAGGUUUAAUUUUUGAGCUUAUGGUAGCCGCACCAUGUCUAGUUCAAUGAGAUAUUAUUCUUCAAAUAAUCAUUAAUUCACCUUAAUUCCAUCCAUAAACCGUAUGAAAAAUGGCUUCCAAAUCUCUGUUGCAUUUAUAAAUAAAUAGUACAAUUAAUUUUAUAUAGAAACCGCGAAUAAAAGUACUAACUGACGGAAUUGCGAGAUAACCUAGCCUAGAUAAUGAUGGAUUCGUAUAGUGCAUAGAAUUAAUGUUGGAUAUUGUGAAAUGCGGUUAUUUUCCGACUUUUUUUAAUGUUAAAUUGAAAUGUUUGUGAGUGCCAAUUUAUUCAAUUCUAUUUAACCUCCGCCUUGUGUAUUUAUUUGAUUGGUAAAGCACUGUUUUUUCGGGAAUUCUCACGAUGUUUCGAUUUUUUAGAGCACAUGUGACUUACUGUGUUUGUACAGAAUCGAUUUUUUGAAUUUGUCGGUGUUUAUAGUGCAAAGAAUUUGUUUAGUGUCUAGUAGUUACUUCACCGACUUUGAGGCUGUUUCUGUCCAAAAAAUACCUCUCAAAUAAAUAUACAAGGAUGUUGGAGCGUUCACACAUUGCAGUGACGAGCGAUAUAACGCACAUUGGUUAUAACAAAAUGUAAAGUGAACAUUUCCGUAUUAUUUUUGAGAUUUUGUAUCAUUUAAAGUUCACUCUAGUCUUAAUAAAGGUCACUUCAGCACUGUUCGGCAGACACAUCACUAGUCAGUUGUAUUUAAUAUCCGCAGUUAGCGCAUACAUUAACUUGUAUCAGUAACAUGUGAUAUAUUUUGUAAGAGUAUUAGGUUGUCAUCACUUCAUUUAUUAAUGGGACUGUCCUAUUCGUUGUGUUCAAGAGUGAGAUUACAGUACCGGAUAGUCGCGAACAUGUGUGAAGCGACCUUUAAAUUUAUUUGUAAACCUAAGUUUUAGACGUUUAGUUUUUUUUUUAUUAACGGACUGCGCACUGCCCACGAAGUUUGACUUCCUUUCUAUAGUUUGGAACUACGUAAAAUGUUUGUGAAAAGUACUUAAUUUUAGAUUUAGACUUGAUGUGAUUAUUUUUUUGGAAUAUGAAAUCUGUAUGCAGCACAGAUACCGAUGUAUAUUUUUUCAUGAAACCGGAUCAAUACGAGAGCGUUAUCGUAGGAACAAACGUACAAUGGAACGAUCUGAAUUUUCACUAGUGAAAUGUAAGUGAUAAUGUUUGUUUGUAUUAUAAACAGAUGCUGUAACAGCAAUAAAAAAUCAGACUUGCAA